AUGAGUCUAGUUCAGAAAGCUUUACAGAGCACAUCCAUCACGUUUGCAAACCUGUUGACAACUCUCAUUUACUUCUUGACCCUCUUUCUGUCUUUCUUUCUUUCUCUCUCUUUCUCUCUAUCUAUCUCUUACCUUCUCUCUCUCACUUACCCCUUCUCUCUCACCGCUUCUCGCCAAUGUUUCUCAUUAGAGAAUUCCUUUCUUGAAUUCGUUGUCUGUAUACAGUUGCUCCGAAGAUCUGAAGUCUCUCUCUCUCUCUCUCGCUCACACUUUUACCCUCUCUCUAUGUUCCUUCUUUCUGUGUCCUUCUCUCUAUCGCACUCACUCUCUCUGUCCCACUCUCUGUCUGUCUCCCUCAUUCUCUCUUUCCAUUACUCUUCACUAACCCUCUUCCUGCUCUAUAUAUCUUCCUCUCUCUUUCUUCUCUCUCUUCUCUCUCUUAUUCUCUCUUUCCCUGACUCUUCACGCUCUCACCCUCUCUCUCUUGCCUCUCUCCUUCUCUCUUCUUCUAUUACUCUCUCCGUAUCUCCCGGUCUCUCCGUAUAUCACGUUCUCUCUCUUCCUUCUCUCCUUCUCUCUCCCCAUCUCUCCUCUCUCUCCGUAUCUCCCGCUCACUCUCUUUCUCUGUCUCUUCACACUCUCAACUCUCUCUCUCUUGCCUCUUUCUUCUCUCUCCCCUUUCGCUGUCUCCGUAUUUCCCACACUCUCUCUCUUUCCCUCUCUCUACACGCUCUCCUUCCUGUCUCUCUCUCUCUCUCUCUUGAGUUCAAGUGGCAAGAUGUCUACCCGUUACCCGAACUUAAGUGA